AUGCACUCGGGGAACAGCACGGGCACGACAAGCCGCACGGAGCCGGCGGCAGCGGAGCAGGAGGUGCCGGGCGAGCGGCCCCUCUUCAGCGCCGGCACUUACGAGCUGCUGGCGCUGCUUGUCGCCACCAUCGGCGUGAUGGGCUUGUGCAACAACUUGCUGGUGCUGGUGCUCUACUACAAAUUCAAGCGGCUCCGCACGCCCACGAACCUCUUCCUCGUCAACAUCAGCCUCAGCGACCUGCUGGUGUCCGUCUUCGGCGUCAGCCUUACCUUCAUGUCCUGCCUGAGGAGCCGCUGGGUGUGGGACGCCGCCGGCUGCGUCUGGGACGGCUUCAGCAACAGCCUCUUCGGAAUUGUUUCAAUUAUGACUCUCACUGUUCUUGCCUAUGAACGCUACAUUCGAGUAGUCCAUGCAAAAGUGAUUGACUUCUCUUGGUCUUGGCGAGCUAUCACAUACAUCUGGCUUUACUCAUUAGCCUGGACUGGAGCACCUCUUUUGGGCUGGAACAGAUACACACUGGAAAUUCAUGGAUUAGGUUGCUCAGUGGACUGGAAGUCAAAAGACCCCAAUGAUACCUCCUUUGUGCUCCUUUUUUUCCUUGGCUGUCUGGUAGCACCUGUUGGGAUUAUGGCCUAUUGCUAUGGCCAUAUUCUAUAUGCAGUAAGAAUGCUUCAUUGUGUGGAAGAUUUCCAGACUGUUCAAGUGGUCAAACUUCUAAAAUAUGAAAAGAAGGUGGCUAAAAUGUGUUUCUUAAUGAUCUCCACGUUCCUUAUUUGUUGGAUGCCCUAUGCAGUGGUCUCCCUCCUGGUAACAUAUGGCUAUAGCAACCUUGUAACUCCAACAGUAGCUAUCAUCCCAUCUUUCUUUGCCAAGUCAAGCACUGCUUAUAAUCCAGUCAUUUAUAUCUUUAUGAGUAGAAAGUUUCGACGAUGCCUUUUGCAACUCCUGUGCUUUCGCCUGAUGAGACUCCAGAGGACUGUGAAAGAGACACCAGCAACAGGGAAUGACAAACCAAUACGACCAAUAGUUAUGUCUCAGAAAGCAGGGGACAGGCCAAAGAAGAAAGUGACUUUCAGCUCUUCCUCUAUCAUUUUUAUUAUCACCAGUGAUGACACUCAGAAAAUAGAUGACAACAGUAAACACGAUGGGACAAAAGUAAAUGUCAUCCAAGUAAAGCCACUAUAGGGAUGAGUUAAAGAGACAUGAGAAUGCGAUGGACUUCAGCCAGUAGACUGUUUAGAUUGGAGACCAGUUUCAGCGGUGGUGUCUGUGGGCUGCCAAAGGAAACCACAUUCUUAAGCUGUGAAAUACUGAAGGGAUUCUGCAUCUUAAGCUCUGCAGGCAGUUUAGUUUUGGUCACAGUACUGAAAUCUCUGCACCUGUGCCAAAAUUGCUGAUGGAUGUCUUUACUCCGAAUUUUCUUAAAGCAUAUUGUAGGAUUGCCAUUCAGGAGAACUUGGUCAGGCUGGAGGAAUACGCUGACAGAAAUGUUACAA